UUUAAUUUCCUUUUUUAUAGAAAACUAUUUUCUCCAUUUGUGCAACCAACCACCACCAGGCUGUGGCUACAUUUCUACGGAUGGACAGACAGACAGAUAGAUAAAUAAUUUCAUUGAAUGAAAACUAGCAGUCAGGUUGCCUUGUUGAUCAGAUAUUCCCUCAUAUUUUCAGCUGAUCCCGGAUCAGCUGCAGAUGAAUGACAGUAGGCUAUAUGAUGUGGUAGGAUGGACCCGGUGGAGUAAUGACUCAAGCUCUCAGUCAGCCAGUCCGUCAUUCAGUGUGUUCAAUGGGUUAAUCCACGAUGUGAGGAAAAUAUCUGAUGCUUUAUCACACGAACCAAAUUCGCACCUUUCUUUUUUAUGGACAACAAUAUCCAGCUUUACUGUUGCUCUGACAGCGAUGUUUAUUGAUUGUUGUCGGAUCAGUUGAUGGAUGAGCCUCGUGUGUGUGAGUGUGCAGUCUUUCAUGAGCAGCGUGUGAUUUUUUUUUACCUGUGAAUCACUUAAAGACGGAAACUAUCGACUGGAUUUCGUCAAAUAUUAUGGAGGUAACUUACCGAUGAUUCCCGGGGGUCUUUAGAGUGGAUCGGAGUUGCAGGAAAAGUCCAACUGUUUUUUUUUUUUGUUGCUUUUUACUGGAAGUGAGACGCGUGUGCGGAUAAUUCUCUGGAAAAACAGAAACGCACUGUGUCCACUCCCGUUUGAAUCCGAUGGAUUGAAAUAACACACCGGGAUCAUCUGGAUUCCGCAGCGAUAUAUCGGCACAACGGGAUCUCCAUCACUUUCAAACAUUGCCAACAAAAACCUUUAAAGAGGCAGCGCUCCUCCUGUCAUCGAGCCAGUCUGUGAAACCCCCGUGAUGACACCAGCACAUCCCUCUUCAGAGAGUGACAUGAGGACGAGAUGAGAGACCGCCUGUGUGUGACUUAUGGCUGAAUGAACGAAUGAAUGAGUGACUACCUGCUGAAAAAUUAACUAGGCAUUUCUGGGCACUCGAUGCUAAAGGACUUGCGUUGGGACAGAGUGUGGCUGUGGCUCUCUGGGACGGUCUGCUGUGCUCCGAGCUGGAGUGCGCUGUCAGAUGGAGGAUGCCAAUCUGGAUCCGGACCCUCGGAUAAAGGGGUCUGAGGGUGAGGGGCUGUGUGUCCUGAACGGUGGUGGUGAGGACGGCACUGGGACGGAGCCUGUUGUGCUUCAGUAUCCUGUAGAGUAUGAUCAGUACGGGGAGAAGAUGCCAUUCCACCAUGUGACGGCAGGACUGCUGUACAAGGGGAACUACUUGAGUCGGUCUCUAUCCGACCACAGUAACAGCGAGCAGCUCGCCAACAUCUCUGUGGAGGAACUAGAUGAGAUCCGGGAGGCGUUCAGGGUCCUGGAUCGGGAUGGAAAUGGGUUCAUCUCCAAGCAAGAGCUUGGCAUGGCAAUGCGCUCACUAGGGCACAUGCCCAGUGAAGUGGAGCUGGCAAUAAUCAUGCAGAGAUUAGACAUGGAUGGUGACGGACAAGUGGACUUUGAUGAGUUCAUGACGAUACUCGGACCAAAGCUCCUCUCCUCUGAAACACGGGAAGGUUUCCUUGGAAACACAAUAGACAGCAUAUUUUGGCAGGUAAGGACAAUUUAUGCAGGCGCUUUUAAAGGACUAAACAUCAAAGAACUUUGA